ACUGUGGACUACAGCACACACAUUACUAGAAUACUUCAGACAGCAGCAUCCUCAGGACAGGUCAUCAGAAACAGGACAGAAGCCAAGAUGUCUAAGAAGUCUGAAGGUGAUGAUGGUAGCAGCUUCCUUUUCCUUGAUAACGACUAUAAAGACAGUGGGAUAGCCCAAGCAGACUGGUCAGCCAAAAAAAUGGUGUGGGUGCCCUCGGAGAGGGAUGGGUUCGAGGCAGGCAGCAUCAAAGAGGAGACAGGCAACGAGCUGGUGGUUGAGCUGGACAACGGGAGGAAAGUAACAGUCAAUAAAGAUGAGAUCCAGAAGAUGAACCCACCCAAAUUCAGCAAGGUGGAGGACAUGGCCGCUCUCACUUACCUGAAUGAGGCCUCUGUGCUCCACAACCUGAGGGACAGAUAUUUCUCAGGACUGAUUUACACGUACUCGGGGUUGUUCUGUGUGGUGGUGAAUCCCUAUAAAAUGCUUCCAAUCUACUCGGAGAAGAUUAUCGAGAUGUACAAAGGGAAGAAACGCCACGAGGUGCCUCCCCACAUAUACUCCGUCACUGACAAUGCCUACAGGAACAUGAUGCAAGAGCGUGAGGACCAGUCUGUUCUCUGCACAGGGGAGUCUGGAGCCGGGAAGACCGAAAACACUAAGAAGGUCAUUCAGUACCUCGCGAUGGUCGCAUCAUCACACAAAGGAAAGAAAGAGGCCAGUUCAGAUUCCAGCGUCUCAGGACUAAAUAAGCAGCAAGGAUCGCAACUUGCUUUCGGAGAAUUAGAAAAGCAACUUCUGCAGGCCAACCCCAUUCUGGAGGCCUUUGGAAAUGCAAAGACCAUCAAAAAUGACAAUUCUUCACGAUUUGGUAAAUUCAUCAAAAUCAACUUUGACAUGGCAGGCUACAUUGUUGGAGCUAAUAUUGAAACUUACCUGCUGGAGAAGUCCAGAUGCAUUCGUCAGGCCAAGACUGAGAGGUCAUUUCAUAUCUUUUACUACAUGGUCGCUGGAGCCAAAGAUAAACUGCGCGAGGAGCUCCUGCUGGAGGAUUUCAAUAACUAUCGUUUCCUAGUGGCGGGGCACGUUCAGAUCCCAGGCCAGCAGGAUAAUGAGCUCUUCGAGGAGACUUUGGAGGCUAUGCAGGUCAUGGGCUUCACUGAGGAGGAGAGGACGGGUAUGCUGAAGGUAGUGUCCACUGUGCUGCAACUGGGGAACAUUGAGUUCAAGAAGGAGAGAAACCAGGAGCAAGCCAGCAUGCCAGAUACCACAGCUGCCCAGAAGGUAUGUCAUCUACAGGGCAUAAACCUGACGGACUUCACCCGAGCCAUCCUCACACCUCGGAUCAAAGUGGGCCGAGAGGUGGUCCAGAAAGCUCAGACAAAAGAGCAGGCUGAUUUUGCCAUUGAGGCUCUGGCCAAAGCCAUGUACAACCGUCUGUUCCGCUGGAUCCUGGCACGUGUAAAUAAGACUUUGGACAAGUCCAUUCGCCAAGCAGCCUCUUUCCUGGGCAUCUUAGACAUUGCUGGCUUUGAAAUUUUUGAGGAUAACUCCUUUGAGCAACUGUGUAUCAACUACACCAAUGAGAAACUUCAGCAGCUCUUUAACCACACCAUGUUCGUUCUGGAGCAAGAGGAGUAUAAGAGAGAGGGCAUCGAGUGGAACUUCAUUGAUUUUGGCUUGGACCUUCAACCCUGUAUCGACCUCAUUGAGAGACCGAAUAAUCCUCCUGGUAUCCUGGCCCUGCUGGAUGAGGAAUGCUGGUUCCCCAAAGCCACAGACGUCACCUUCGUGGAAAAACUCACAAACACUCAUGGAAACCACUGCAAGUUCUCCAAACCUAAGCAAAUGAAGGAGAAAACCAUGUUCUCUGUACAACACUACGCUGGGAAGGUGGAAUACAAUGCCUUUUCUUGGCUGACAAAGAACAUGGACCCACUUAAUGACAACGUGACAGCAUUGUUGGGUAACUCUUCCAGCCCAUUUGUGCAAGACCUGUGGAAGGAAGUGGAUCGUGUGGUAGGGCUGGAGACCAUGGCUAAGAUGGCCAAGUCAGACAGCUCCAUGCCCAGUUCCUCCAAAUCCAAGAAAGGCAUGUUCCGCACAGUGGGACAGCUGUACAAGGAGUCCUUGGGAAAACUGAUGACAACACUUCACAACACCCAGCCUAAUUUUGUGCGCUGCAUCAUUCCAAACCACGAGAAAAGGGCAGGGAAGAUGGAUGCUAACUUGGUGCUGGAGCAGCUGCGCUGUAACGGAGUGCUAGAAGGUAUCCGCAUCUGCCGACAGGGUUUCCCCAAUCGUAUCGUCUUCCACGAGUUCCGUCAACGCUAUGAGAUCCUAGCUGCCAGUGCUAUUCCCAAGGGUUUCAUGGAUGGAAAGCAGGCAUGCACCCUCAUGGUAAAGCAUCUUGACCUGGACCCUAACUUGUACCGUAUUGGCCAAAGUAAGAUGUUUUUCCGCACUGGAGUGCUUGCUCAGCUUGAGGAGGAGCGUGAUCUCAAACUCACUGUGGUCAUCAUCGCCUUCCAGGCCCGAGCCCGUGGCUUCCUUGGCAGAAAGGCCUUCAGCAAGAGACAGCAGCAGUUAACUGCCAUGAAAGUGCUUCAGAGGAACUGUGCUGCCUACCUCAAACUGAAGAACUGGCAAUGGUGGAGGCUUUUUACCAAAGUCAAACCAUUGCUUCAAGUGACACGACAAGAGGAAGAGAUGACCCAAAAGGAGGAGGAGCUUAAGAAAGCAAAGGACAUGGCGCAAAAGGCUCAAGCGGAGUUAAAAGAGAUUACUCAGCAACAUGAAAAGCUGCUAGAGGAGAGGAACCAGCUGCAGGAGAAGUUGCAGACAGAGACAGAGCUCUAUGUGGAGGCAGAAGAAAUAAGGAUACGUCUGGAGACCAAGAAGCAGGAGCUGGAGGAGGUUUUGCGUGACAUGGAGGCUCGUCUGGAGGAAGAGGAGGAGCGCAGUCAGGCCCUUCAGCAGGAGAAGAAGGACAUGCAGCAGCAGCUCCAGGAUAUGGAAGCGCAGCUGGCAGAAGGGGAAGAUGCCAGACAGAAAUUACAGCUGGAGAAGGGCUCCACAGAAGGAAAGAUCAAGAAGCUCGAGGACGAUUUUCUGGUCAUGAAGGACCAAAAUAACAAGCUGUUGAAGGAGAAGCAGCUGCUGGAGGAGAGAAUCGCCGAGAUCAGUUCCAAUCUCACCGAAGAAGAGGAAAAAUCCAAGAAUCUCACCAAACUCAAGAACAAGCACGAAUCCAUGAUAUCUGAUCUUGAGGUUCGUCUGAAGAAAGAGGAGAAAGGUCGUCAGGACCUGGAAAAAGCCAAGCGCAAACUGGAAGCUGAAUUAAAUGACCUCCAAGAGCAGAUAGCAGAACUACAGGCCCAGACAGAAGAGUUCAAGGCACAGACGGCUGCGAAGGAGGAGGAGAUACAUUCUCUUUUAGCACGUCUGGAAGAGGAGUCAGGUCAGAAGAACCACGCCCUGAAAAAGUCCCGUGAACUGGAAGGGCUGAUCUCCGAACUUCAGGACGAGCUUGAGGCUGAGCGUGAUGUCCAUGCCAAGAUGGAGAAAGCCAAGAGGGACCUUGGAGAGGAGCUGGAAGCCCUGAGAUCUGAACUGGAGGACACCCUGGAUACCACAGCAGCUCAGCAGGAGCUUCGAGCUAAAAGAGAGCAGGAAGUGGCGAUGCUGAAGAGAGCGAUAGAGGAAGAUGUUCGACGACACGAGGCCCAAAUGCAGGACGUGAGACAGAAACACACACGGGCUGUGGAGGAGCUGAGUGAGCAGCUGGAGCAGUCCAAACGGGCCAAAGCUAGCCUAGAGAAGGCAAAGCAAGCCCUAGAGAAAGAAGCAGCUGAUCUGAGCGCAGAGUUGCACUCCCUUGGAAAUGCUAAGCAGGAUGUGGAGCAUAAAAGGAAGAAGGUGGAGAGCCAGCUGUCUGACCUGCAGUCCCGUUAUGAUGAGAGUGAGAGGCAAAGAGCAGAGCUUGGAGAACGGAUCUCAAAACUGACCAUGGAACUGGACAGUGCGACUGGCCUCCUGAAUGAGGCAGAAGGCAAGAUUAUCAAACAGAGCAAAGACAUCAACAGUCUCAGUUCUCAGCUUCAAGACGCACAGGAGCUACUUAGUGAGGAGACCCGUCAGAAGUUGAACUUUUCAACGCGGCUUCGUCAGAUGGAGGAUGAUCGGAAUAGCCUCUUGGAGCAGUUGGAGGAAGAGACAGAGGCAAAGAGGAACGUGGAGAGACAUGUGUCCAGCCUGAACAUGCAGUUGUCAGAUGCGAAGAAGAAACUGGAUGAGUUUUCUAACAACAUUGAACUACUUGAGGAAAGUAAGAAAAGGCUGCAGAGAGAUCUGGAGGCGGCCAGCACAGAGUUUGAGGAGAAGACUGGGGCCUAUGACAAGCUGGAGAAGAGUAAGAAUCGGCUACAGCUUGAGCUGGAGGAUCUGCUGGUGGACUUGGACAGCCAAAGGCAAUUAGUUUCAAACCUGGAGAAGAAGCAGAGGAAAUUUGACCAGAUGCUUACUGAGGAGAAAAAUAUCUCCAGUAAGUACGCUGAGGAGCGUGAUCGUGCGGAAGCUGAGGCAAGAGAGAAGGAGACUAAGGGUCUAGCCCUGGCCAGAGCCCUGGAGGAGACCCAGGAAUCUCUGCAAGAGUUAGAGCGUGCCAACAAAGUAUUGCGCAUAGAGAUGGAGGAUCUGGUCAGCUCUAAGGGUGACUUUGGAAAGGACGUGCAUGAUCUUGAGAAAGCAAAGCGCAUGCUGGAGGCUGUGGUGGAGGAGAUGAGGGUUCAGUUAGAGGAGCUGGAGGAUGAGCUGCAGACAGCGGAAGAUGCCAAGCUCCAUCUGGAGGUCAACAUGCAGGCCCUGAAAACCCAGUUUGAAAGAGAACUUCAGGUGAGGGAUGAGCAUGGAGAAGAGAAGAGGCGGCAGCUCCUCAGGCAGAUGCGUGACCUUGAGACGGAGCUAGAAGACGAGCGCAGGCAGAGAACCUUGAUGACUGUCGCCAAGAAGAAACUGGAAGGAGAAGUGAAGGAUCUUGAGGACCAAAUCGAGACCACCACCAGGGCCAGAGACGAGGCUGUUAAACAACUGCGCAAGACUCAGGGUCAGGUGAAGGACAUUCAGAGGGAGCUGGAGGACGUGCGUGUGGUGCACGGGGAAGUGGUGUCCAGUGCCAGGGAAACUGAAAGGAGGGCAAGAGCAAUGGAGGCUGAUAUCAUGCAUCUGCAGGAGGAAGUGGCUGCAGCGGAGAGAGCUCGCAAGCAGGCAGAAACGGAGAGAGACGAGAUGUCCGAAGAGUUGUCAAGCAACUUGCCCGGGAAAUCACCGAUGUCUGAAGAAAGACGACGCCUGGAGGCUAAAGUCCAGCAGCUGGAGGAGGAACUGGAGGAGGAACAGAGCAACGUGGAGACGCUUAAUGACAGGCUGAGGAGGAGUAUCCAACAGGUGGAUCAGCUAACCAGUGAGCUGCAGACAGAGCGUUCUAACUCUCAAAGGAGCGAAAGUGCCCGGCAGCAGAUGGAGAGGCAGAACAGGGACAUGAAAACUAAGCUACAGGAAAUGGAGAGUCAGGUCAGGUCAAAGUUCAAGGCCUCCAUCACUGCCCUGGAAGCUAAAGUACGUCAGCUGGAGGAUCACCUGGAGCAGGAGAGCAGGGAGAGACAAGCCACUGCCAAAGCCAUGCGUCAGAGGGAUAAAAAAAUAAAGGAUUUGACCAUACAGAUGGAGGACGAGAGAAAGCAGGCACUGCAGUACAAAGAUCAGGCUGAGAAAGCCAACGUGCGGGUGAAGCAGCUGAAGAGGCAGGUGGAGGAGACGGAGGAAGAGUCGCAGCGCGCCGCCGCCGCCCGACGCAAACUGCAGAGAGAACUGGACGAGGCCUCCGAGGCCAACGACGCCCUGAACAGAGAGGUUUCCUCACUCAAGAGCAAACUCAGGCGGAGAAAUGACUCGUCUCUCGGCAGCUCCUCGCGGCGUGUUGUGGGAGUCAUAGGGGGGCGGAAAAGCGUGAUUGAGCCUGCAGGAGUUUUGGAGGAGGAUGGACCUCCCCCCACACACCUCCCUGAUCUGGAGGAGUCUCAGGAGGAACCAAUCAAUGGGAUGGAGGAUGACCAAUAGGAAAAUGCUGCUCUGUUUUCGUGUUCCCGAUAAAGAAAGUUUAAAGCAAGAAAGUCUUACCCUACAGCACGUGUCUUUUUAACUGUCAACGGAAUGUUAGCUUACACUGACAAUUUCUUCGCCUCACAGCUACAUUAAUGAUGUCACAACUGAUUUUCUCUAAGGAUAGAUCUUUCUUCACUCAAGGUUUUUUUUUCUUCUUUAGGAAUCUUAGAAUAAUCUCACUCUCUUCUGUAAUUUCACAUCUGAUUAGUAUGGGGUGGUUUACAGAUAUACGCUGUUGUUGAAAAUUUAGGGUGUGAAGCUGUAAAUGUAGGUUUGACCAUUUCCAGGUAUGACAGAAUCAGGGUUUAUUAAUGGUUUAUUAAGGGUAGGAUCAAUUUAUUAAGGUUUAUUAAGAAUAAUUUUCAAAAACAUUACUCAGCAAUGACUCCUGCGUCAAAGACGGAAUUUUAAUGGUGUAAUUUAUUAGCAACUUUGACUUACUCAAAUAGACCUGGGUUUACUGCUUUCGAAGGGGUAUUUUA